AUGACGGGCGACAUUGGCAACAUUGGCAACAUUGUGAAUGGCGCGGGCUUGGCCAUGACAACGAACGAAGACAUCGAGUUUCACGGCGGUGGCGAGCGCCAAUCUCGAUGCGGGCGGCAAACCACCAAGGACACCAUAACCCAGGCGCUUCGAAUCAUGACUCGGGACCAGAGAGUAAAGGCCAUUCUCGUCAACAUGGAGGGGCGCGAGAUUGCCAAUCUUGCGCCGGGUCUGACGCGAUGCGACAUGAUUGCCGAGUCCAUUAGUCAGGCGACCUCUGAGCUGGAUACCAAGAUGCCCAUGGUGUUGGAGGAGGCGGAUUCAGAACUGGCGAUGGAGUCGUACUUUGGCGAGGCAGCCAGGCGGGUGGUUGAGCUGGCCAAGUCGGCAUGA